GAUACGUGAUACCGGGUAGAGCCGAAGGGUUUCCGACCCGACUGGUAUCGAUAAGGUCUUCUUAUUCUUGUAAUACUUUCUUCGCAUCAUUGUAUCCCGAUAUGGCAGAACGCAUCCCAACAGAAGACUUUGACAGAGAGCUGCUGCCCUUCCUGACAGAGGUAUCCUCUGCAGCAUUAGGCGCUAAAGUAUUGUCCUGCUCAGACGAUUUUUUCGCCAGCAAGGACAAUCUGAUCAAGCGUAUACCCUCAGCGUCUCUGAAAGGUCAAUUUGGACCCAACGGCGCGUUAUACGAUGGCUGGGAGAGCAGGAGACACAAUCCAACUUUUGAUUGGGUCAUCAUACUGCUCGCACCGAAACUGUCUCACUUGACAUACUUUGACAUCGACACAUCUCACUUCUCGGGUAACGAAGCGCCUGCAAGUCAAGUCUUCGCAUUGAGCCUGUCAGAGCCUACUAGCCACCUCAGUCCGAACGAUGAGCGAUGGCAAGAGGUCCUUCCGCUAGUCGAGCUAGGUCCCAACCAGCGACACAUCUUCAGGGCAUCACACAUCGGGACCAGAGGCGUGUGGAGCGCUGUCAUGGUCCGGAUGAUCCCGGACGGUGGUAUGGCACGCUUCCGGGCUUACGGAGAUCCAGUGGCACCGGAACCAUAUGAAAGUCUCCCGCCAUCAAGCACAGAGCCUAUCAACCUUCUCUCUCCUCUAACCAGCGCGCGUAUCAUCGCCUGCUCAGAUGCCAACUUUUCACCCCCUGGCAAUCUGCUUCUCCCGGGCAGAGGCUUCGACAUGUCGGAUGGAUGGGAGACAAGACGAUCCCAAGUGGGGAGGGGAAAGUAUGCUCCUGGAGGAGUACUGGCUGGUCAAGAGCGCCGUGAAUGGGUCGUCAUCAAGAUGAGCUGUCCAGGUGUCCUCAGAUGGGUGGAAGUGGACACGGCGUUUCAUCCCGGCAACUAUCCUGUCGCGUGCAAAGUUGAGGCGAAUUUGUCAGACUCAGACGAUCCCAACGAGUCUAGUUGGACAACAAUUGUGGCGCAAAAGCCUCUGGGUCCCCAUCGACAGCACUGGUUUGAUAUCGAGAGGGGUGUCGAGUCGACAGUCUUUAGCCACAUCAGAUUGACCACAUUCCCAGAUGGGGGUUUGAAGCGGCUUCGCGUCUAUGGCCAUCCCUUCGCUCCGGGUCAAACUAUUGCGCCCACUGCUCUCACCAUCCCCGCACUCCCCCUUACACCGGAAGCCUUUGCGCCAUACGGGCAAGUCAUUCAAGGCUUUUCGCUACCGACUUCUGCGCCGAAAGGCAGUCACGUCACCAUUGCCAACCAAGGGACCGCCUUCAAAGUUCAUCGGAUGCUCAAGGUGGAGCAUAAUUAUCCAGAGGAAAAGCAGGCAGAUAUCAAAGAUGGGCUUAUCCACCCACUCAAAAUGCUGGAGAGGCAUAAAUACACCACCCAAGCUUUCAUUCCCAUGGGCAAAGGCACGCUUGGUGAACCCGCCCUUGCUCCCGGUGGGGCAUAUCUGGUCGUCGUAGCACGUAAUGGAAAAGACGACAAGCCAGACCUGAGCACUCUGCGGGCAUUUAUGGCGACAUCUGCACAGGGCGUAUCGUAUGACGUCGGGACGUGGCAUCAUUACUGCUACACUUUGGAUGGACCUCUUGAUUAUGCGUUAAUCGAGGCACAAAUUGGAGAUGGGAGCGUCGAUGACUGCGAAGUCAUAGUGCCGCCCCAGCCGUUCUGCCACAUUCGCAUCUCUCCAUUCACAGCGACCACAGAAGCCACACAAGAACCCCUAAUGCCACCGAUAAACAAAGAACAUGACCUUUCCGAUCACGGGUUCAUGCAUCCUGAAGUGAUCACCGCAUCCGGCUUUGCUCCCUACGGUCAAGUUAUCAGAAAAUAUCCCAACGAACGGACGCGACCCAAAGAUCUAGACUUCCAACCCGCUCCUCAUGGCCUGACGCAAAAGUAUGCUCGGUUGGCAGACAUCAGUCAUUCUUAUCCGGUCGAAGCUGCAGCUCAAACGGCAGUGUCGGUCUUCAGAGCCACACCAAAAGAAGGAUUGAAGAGGGGUCUACCAUUCCCGAUCAAGAUUCUAGAGAGGCACCCGUGCACCAGCCAGGCAUUCAUACCCAUGGGUAAAGGCGAGUGGAGAGGUAAGGGCGAGGAUGCUUUGCCGCCCGGAGGGGAAAUGCUAGUCAUUGUCGCGUUGAAUGGCAAGGAUGACCGGCCUGAUCCAAAGACAGUCAAAGCUUUCCGGGUACCUUCGUCGAUCGGAAUAAGCUAUCACCAGGGUAUUUGGCACCAUCCUGUCCUUGUGGUGGACCAAACCAUGGACCUGGCUUGUGUCGAAACGCAAAUUUCCACAGGUAUACCAGAGCCCGAUCCGAGAGAUUGCGAGGUCUUACAGGUAGACGAGCCGUGGGGGAUCAUUGCCGUCCCUUCGUGAAUGCACUCCGUAGACGGGAUACGGGCAAGCU